AUGUCCAAGGCAACAAAAGCUUUGAUUAAAAUCGUCGAGAAAUCUGCCAGCGAUCAAAACUCCUGGGAACAGGCACAACAACUUAUUCGUCAGGGAGCAGAUAUCAAAGCUUCAACAAGUAAUGGUCCGAUGAUUCAUGCUGUAAUUGCUGAAGAAAAACGUCAGCGACAAACAAUGCCAUGGAAAGCCGACAACUGUUUACGUUUGAUUCAAGUUCUGGAAAAGACUGCUUCCGAUCAACUGAGUGCACAAGUGCGUUCAGAAAAUGGUGGUGAUCUUCAAGAGAUGCGACUGCUGGUAGGCUUGAAAGCGAGCUGCUAUCAGUCAGAUAUAUAUGGUUCAUUGGGUUUGUUGGGAUCAAUAGUAGAUCAAAAUAAGGUUCCCAUCCGAUUAGAUGUUGUGAGAUUUCUUAUAGAGAGUGACUCAAAUGCAAAAAUGACUUUGACUGCCAUCAACGAUCAGGAAAAAACCUGUCUGUCUCUCGCGAAAACCAAUCCGAAGUGUCCAAAGGAUGUGAUUAAUUAUAUGCAACAACAGUUCGAUGAGAUUGUCAAUCAGAUUCCGUUUUCACAGCCACAGAUCAAUCCAAACCAAGUAUUUAUAUGGACUCGUUUCGGUGCAAACAUUGAAGCGACUGACAAGAAUGGUAAUACCAUUCUUUCGAACGCCGUGAGUGCCAAUAAUUUGGAACUUGUUCGCGCUCUUGUCUCAGCCGGCAGUGAUACUACGCAUAAAAACAAUGAUGGUCUCACUCCUUUACAAAUCGCCAAAAAAGCUGUACCGAGAAACCCUCCAUUGAUCGCUUUCCUGGAAGGUCAACGCGUGACUGUUGAAUUAGGAAAACUGAUUGUAACAAAAAAAUCAGCAUUAACUACUGAAGAAGUACAACGUCUGCUCGAAAAUGGAGCGAAUAUUAAUGCGUCCAUGAUCAAUGGUGAUUCACCACUUCAUCUAUUGAUAGCUAGCCAAGGAACAACAGAUAUGGUUAAAACUUUCAUUAAUGAUUUCAAUGCUGAUUUAUCAGUAAUAAAUAGUAAAGGAUAUCGACCGAUUGAAGCAUGCAUUUUGUUUGACAAGCAGCCAUAUCCUUAUCUAAAAACAAUAUUGACGCUGCCGAAAAUGACCGCAGACAAAUUUCAUAAUCCGAAGUUAAACAAAACUCUUCUACAGUUCGCUAUCGAACAGAAGUGCUCUGAUGCAGCAAAACAGAUACAAGAUGAACUUAAUCUUCGUUUGUGGAAUUGCAUAGCACGUGCCAACACCAAUGAUGAUAACAGCAAAACUAUUGUAGAUACAGUCAACCAGCUGAUUACUUGCGGUGCUCAGAUUAAUCAUUUACAUACUGACAAAGAAUAUGAUCAGUGGACAGUCCUGCAUUUAGUAACUAAAGCAACUACGGUAAGAAUGCUCCGAUACAUGAUCAAACAGUUGCAAGCUGACUACACGUUACCAAACAGUAAUGGUGACUAUCCGAUUUCUAUUGCGGCUCAGUUUGGGCAUUUACCCAUGGUUGAAUAUCUGCAUGGCCUAUCAAAGUCAAGCUUGAACGUUCGUAAUAAGGAAAUGCAGACGCCAUUACAUUUAGCGACAAAAAAUAAUCAUUUAUUGGUUGUUAGAUAUCUCGUCAAAUGGGGUGCUGAUGAUCAAGCUCAGAAUUUAUCGAAAAACACGCCGCUGGACAUCGCACAUCAGAACGUUCCCAAGAACAAAGAAGAAGAGAUUAAUAAUAAAAAAAUUAUUCAGUUUCUCACCCAGUUAGUUUUUCCUCCUGUGAAUUAUAAAGCCGAAAGUCCAGCAACUCGAAAGAAGCCUACAUAUGAUCUUGACACAUGUGAUCUAGCGAUGCCAGUGGCCUUGAAACCCAUUCGUAUGAGUACAGAUGACGAUGAUGCAGCGAUAGGUAAAAAAAGUAAACAUUUAUUUUCCAUGAGUCCCAAUAACAAUUUGCAUGAUGCUGCAAGAAAUGGAGAUCUACUGGCAGCUAAAAAGGCUAUUGGUGAAGGAGCAGACAUUCGCUAUCGGAAAGGAAAUCACACUCCGUUCGAGGUAGCGCUCAUGUCUCGAAAUGAAUAUACAACGAAAUUGAAUUCUAGAACGCUCACCGUAAUAGAGGUGACACGUCUUCAAGCGAUGAUAGCCGGUUGUCAACAAAUUGGCGAGAUGAUUCGACAGAUCUCACACACAAAGAUAGUCGAAGCUAUCCAAAAAUCUGAUGCAGGUCUUGUCAUGACCUAUCAUCUAGCAGGAGCACCAAUUACUACUGAUCUGCUGUACAGAGCUUGCAACGCAUCAGACACUGUUGAAAUAGUAGAUUAUCUCAUGAACCAAAGUAUCGAAAUCCAUCAAACUAUCAUCAAUGAUGUAUCGCCUAAUGCUCCUUAUCGUAUUGCAAAAACAAAAAAAUUCAACCAAGUUGCUGCGUACUUAAAAUAUCGGUUGACACUUGAAUGCAUAAAGGCCAUCAAAGAAAAUAAUCUGGAGCUGGUCAAGAAGUUAGUCAAUGCUGGAGCGAGUGUCGAGUCAAACAAUACGAGUAAUUUAAAGGAAGCGAUUCAGUGUCAAAAUCCUGAAUUAAUUCAAUUUCUCUGUGAGAAGGGGGCCAAAAUGCCAUCGAAUUGGCUCUCUGCAAAAACUAUUGUACUCGAUUCAACUAUGUCUCAACAGUUGAAACCCGAGAUUAAAUCGAUCAUCGAUCAGUGCCUAAUCGAAAGACGACUACGUUUUGCAGCUGCCAAUGGUGAUCUCAAUGAAGUGAUUCAAUGUCAACGUCUUGGUGUUAACAUCAAUGCAGCGAAUUGUCAUGGUUCAACAGCACUGUUGUGUACAAUUGAGCAUGGGAAUUACUUUCAAAUUGUUCAUGCGCUGGUUUCACGCGGUGCAUCGAUGCUGCACUCCAACGAAAAUGUACCAAUGUCACUGAUCGAUCUUGCAAGUCAACAAAAUUACAACCAGAUUUCUACUUACCUCUCGAAAGAGCUUAAUACACAAUUUUUGUCCGCAAUUCUCAAUAAUGAUCGCCAGAGCGCGGAAAAAUUCGCACAGUUAGGUGCUGAUUUCAAUUACAGAGAUGAACAACAACGUACACCAUUACAUUAUGCUGUGCAGUAUCAUGGUAUUGAUCUUGCAGCUUGGUUAUGCGAAUGUGGUAGUGUACCGACUAUCUGCGAUAUUAAUGGUGAUUAUCCAAUAAUGCAAGCUGCGGAAAAAGGUAGUGACUAUGCUGUGGUAGAACUUUUUGUCACAAAAUAUCCGGCUACGAAGAAGCAAAUGAACAAGAGUAGUAUGACAGCUUUGCAAAUCGCACAAAAGUUGAAGUUUAAUCGCAUUGUUCAAUUGAUUGAAGCAGGAAGCGGAGUCCCGGAAUACGAAAAAGAUCAUGAAGUUAAAGCUAAUAGACCAAAUCAUGAUGAAGAAACACUAAUACAAGCAGCACGGAAUGGCCAUAUCAAAAUCAUUCGAGAAUUCAUUGCUCAACGUUAUGAGUCCAAGGAUGAGAAGAAAAAGUUAUGCCAGAAAUUAAUUGAAGCAGCAAAAAAAACUACGCAAUAUGAAAUUCUCGAUGCUCUCGAGCCCUAUUACAAAACUGAAUUAAGAACUGAACUAGCUUCUGAUAUGCACGCAGGCAGUAACAUCGUAUUGAGUGAACGUUAUAAGAAAAUUCUGCUUGGAGUUCUUGGAUCUUUGAACACUUUGAUUGCCAAGAGCUCAGUUCUGCUUGAUCCUGCGGAUCCCAAUACUUAUACACAAUUUUUCGUCGGUUUGACUGAGAAUGUAGCGAAACAUUCAAAGGAAUUAGAGCAAGUCAAGACCGAAGAAGAUGUGAAGAAACUCAUUCAAAAGGAUGAAGUUGACACAAAUGAACAAUUAACCAAAAUUCAAGAACAGUUAGAAGAAUUAUCAGAGAGUAGAGAUGCAUUACAAGCUCGACUUCUAGAUACGGACGAACGGCUCUUCAAAGAGCAAAAGCUUACUGCAUCACAACGAAAAGAAUUCAUGAAAGAGAAAGAACUUCAUGCGCAACAGUUAGCUACUUUUGAAUGCUCAAUAUUUUUAUUUCAACGACAACAAGAAGCUACUUUGAAUAGACAAAAAGCUAUUGGUUAUCUUAAAAGCAACAUGAAUUUAAUGAUGUUCUACCGAACCAUAGAAAACCGUUUAGAAGCUUUAUUUCAUAGCUGCCUAGCAGCACAAGGAGGUUACGUAAAAGUCGAAGCCACAACAAAGUUUGGCAAGGCGGGAAAAGUAUUGAAUAUGCUACCAACGAAUAUUCCAAUAAUAAAUCUGAAGACAUCAAUCAUCAAAUCAGUGCUCAGUCCUAUACUAUCAAAACUCGACGAAAAGCAACAGAAAAAAGAAUGGCAUAACAUAUCAACUUUGGGAAAUAUCGAAGAGUUGAAACGUAUUGCAUCGGAAACUGCCGGUCUGGUCACACUCUAUUACAAUGAACAAAUACAAUCGAUUGAUCCAUCGCAAAAAAUUAAGGGUAGUAAUGUCUUCAAUGACAAGCUACAUUGGCUCAAACAAAUAUACGAUGUUCGUCCUGAAGCUUCUGAAGAAAUGGCGGUCGUUAUGGUUGCUGAAUAUGUUACCGCUUGGAUAAUUGAUGGUUUAAAGGUAGGCACAGAAAUUAUUUCCACCGAACCUCUACCACCACAGCUGUGGUUACAUGUUGCGAAGAAAGAUCCUACUGAUCUAGAAAAAGUCGAUAAAGUAACAGACAUUAUCGGACUUUCGGCCGGACAACAAAAGAUUCCUGUCAAAAUCAGAAAUAGCUUCGACAAAGAAAUCGCCAUAAAAGUACAAUUGCGGUAUCUGAUCGGUUGUGUUUCUGUUAUCGGCAACGAUGGCAGUGUGUAUCAAUAUCCAGUACCGAAAAAUACCACUGAUAAUGAACUGAUGGACUUGGAAAAUUUUGGCUAUGUUUUUGUCACACCAUUUUCAUUUGAUCAGAAAGCAUUGCAGUUGAUUGUCGAGGGAAGAAAAUUGCAUCUUGCGAAACGGGAUGAGUAUAGUAAGAUUCUAACAAGGUUCGAAGACAUUAUUCAGCAUGCACAAACAUUCAUGGGUCAUCAUGAACACGAUACUAGUAACUCAUUGAUUACACGAGAAACAGCAAAUAAAGUAGCUGAUGUACUUCGUGAGCAAAACAUUUUUGUUGAUUCUAAUGCUGUCAGAGAUCAACUGAGAGCAGCACAAGAAAAAAUCGAACUAAGUGUCGAUGUUUUGCGUGAACAAAUAGAAGAAAAAGCAUCCUACUAUCAACUAUCGAUCGAUGCUGCUCAUGAGAAACUUACAGAAGAAUCGCAGGCAAAUCGAGAAGCAAUGAAAAAGGAUAACGAAAUGCGAUACGAUAAAGCAUUGAAAAAAUUAAAUGAGCGAUCGGAAGAGAUUGCGAUAAAUUUAGAGAAGCUCAUCGAAAAACGUAUGAACGAUAUUGAACAACAAAUGCGACAAGAAGUACAAAAAAUCCUGGCCAUCGCUGAGACAGCAAAAGCUCAGUCUCUAACAGCAAUGACACAAGCACGCGAAGCAAGUGAGACAAGCCAUCAAGCUGCCGAGAAUUCAGCAAAAGCUGCCAACUCAGCAGAAAAUCUUGUUAAAUGGGCUCAACAACGUAACGAAGAGUUCCAACUUAGUGUGAAGAAUUGUGAGGAAACGGCUAAGCAAACCGCCUUUGCACAGAAGCAAUUCUGCGAACAAGCAGUCGCGGAUAUACGCACAAAGGCCGAACGUGCUAUGGAGCGAUCACAAGAAGCGGUCAGUAAAUCAGCUGCAGAUAGCAAAGAAUCAGCAAGAAUUGCUCGAGAGUCGCAAUCCACCGCUCAAGGUGUCGAAAAAAUGAUGAAAAAUCAACUGGAAGUUCACAAGGCUGAAAUCAAGAAAGUGAUCGCAGAAGCCAAAGAAGUACAGCACCAAAGUGAAAGAACUGCAACCGAAGCUAAAGAAGCGCAAAAGCAGGCUGUACGAGCAGCAGAUGCAACGACUACAAUAGUGGAGAAGGUGAAUGCAAUGCACGGAAAAGUGGAGAAAGCUCUUCAACAAAUGGAGAAGUUAAAAGACAAGCUCCCUAAUUCAUAA